CACUCUGAAUGUAGCAAACGUCAACAAUAUGCAAUCAAUCAAGCAAGAACUUGACUCUGGUGAACUCUACAGUGGAGAGGAUGCCCUUGCCGUGGCCUUACAAGAGCCUAACAUGGAUUUAUCAGGUAACGGCAUUUCCGUGGUUCCCGUCAAGGGUAAAUCUGCAUGUCGCCGGAAACGGGAGUUUAUCCCAGAGGAGAAGAAAGACGUGGUUUACUGGGAGAGACGGCGUAAAAAUAACGAGGCCGCCAAGCGCUCCAGAGAAAAGCGACGCAUAAACGACAUGGUGCUUGAGAACAAGCUGAUGGCUCUUGGAGAAGAAAACACCUCCUUAAGGGCAGAACUGCUGUCACUGAAGCUGAAGUUUGGCCUGGUGAGCUCAGCAGCAUAUGCUCAAGAAGUCCAGAAGCUGUGUAGCACCCCCACUGUUAGCUGCCAUCAGGAUUUUAUUCCACCGAGUACUGAGCACAGUUCAGUCAAGAGCGAUCUGGAGCCCUUACAGCUUCGCAGCAGCUGCAUAUCAGUCAUCAAACACUCGCCUUGUACAGCUGAAACAUGUGCUGCAACUCAGGACAGCUUUGCUCUCUGUAGGACAGCAGAUGUCAAGCAGGAACCUGCAGAAACUGGCAGCAGUGCACAGAAAAGGGGUAGUCCAUAUGAGCUAAUGGGCCGUUUGUCUGACAUGUACUGUCGGCCCACGUCAUUCAUGCAGGUCACCAGGUCAUCCAGUAACUCGCCCAGUAGCUCGUUUGAUGGUGUCGUAAGCAAAUCAUCUGAUGGUGAAGACGAGCAGCAGGUUCCAAAGUGGUUGUUGCCGUUUGCAGCCGACUCGAGAAGCGUCAUCGUUACCACACACAAAGUGCCGGAUGCCAGUUCUUCAGCUCUGCCCCAUAAACUGCGGAUCAAAUCAAAAGCCGUCCAAAUCAAGGCGGAGGCCACUGACGCCGAGUACGAGUCGUCUGGAAAGUCGUCGUCUCCCGUCACCGUUUCCGAGGCAGAAAGCUUUCAGGCGGUGCUCGACUCAGAGUAUAUGCAGCACUCCCACUGCGCUUUGUCAGUGCAGGUGAGCAGUCUGCAGGACUGGAGCCGCCAGGCUCCAAGCAGCGUGGCCGCAGGGUGGCUCUCAGAGUAGCACGCAAACCACGAGUCAAUCAAACUGUCUUAGAUCUUAAAGAAACUUUCUAUGCACACUCAGACGCUGAGGACACAUCCAUCGAUGGAGCGUGAAAAGUGGCCUCGUAAAAUAAAAACGGAGCAGAGUCAACCCAAAGCACCUCUGAUGGUCAUGAUGUGAAUAAUUGAGGAUUUUCACUGUACUUCCUGUGUUCACACUCAAGUUAAACAGGCUUCGCUUCAAACGUGGUUUUAAAUUAUUGUCGGAGUCCCAAACAAAAGUGUCUGCGAAGAAAAGAGGCUGUUUGCUGAA